AUGGGUAAUGCAAUUUGCUUCCGUCCGCCACCAGCGUCGCCCUUGGCGGCGAAGAUCAUAUCCUACGGCGGCGGCACGAGGUGCCUGACCGGCAAGCACUUCGCCGGCGAGAUCAUGUUCCAAUGGCCGGACCGCGUGGUCUGCCACGCCGACUCGUUUUUCAUCGGCCGGCCGAUCCCUUCCCUCGCCAUCGACGACGAGCUCCACCACGGCCAGACGUAUUUCGUGCUGCCUCUCGACAGCUUCCCGCACAGCGUCCUGUCGCCGUCGUCCCUGGCGACGCUGGGGUGCAGCCGCCGCGCCGUCGCUGGAUUGAAGGAGUGCCCCUUCGAGUACGUCAGAGGAUCAAACGGCGCCGUUUCGAUCAAGGUGAAGCCUGAGUACAUAGCGCGACUAAUCGGCGGCGGGGAGAAUAAGGAGACGGCGACGGCGACGGCCGACGGUGGGAAUGGUUGUAAAAGUCCAGUGUGCAGCUCGCCGGAGCUGCAGAAGCAUUACGAUCAGCUAGUGGGGCCUCGAGAUCGGAUUUGGUCGCCGAAACUUGAAACGAUUUCUGAGAGCAAAAUUAGGGUUUCGCCUUGCCGGAUUUUCGGGCUCGAUUGGAAGCGGUAG